CCGCGAGCGCAUGCGCGCUUCGCCCGCCCGCCCGCUCGCGGCGAUCCCUCGGCGGCGCUUCCUCGCGAGCGGAGCCUUUUCAUCCCUCGGCGGACACCGUAGCGGCGAGACGAUGUUUGCGGAGCUGAGCGAGCUGCUCGGGGUCUCCGUCGAUCAGCCGGAGCGGGGCAAGCUCACUUUGCUGUGUGCUGCCAACACAGAUGCCAGCUUCCUGAUCCACCAUUUCCUUUCCUUUUAUUUGAAAGCUGGCUGCAAAGUCUGUUUCAUUGCUGUUGUGCAGUUGUUCAGUCACUACAGCAUCGUCGCCCAAAAGCUGGGAGUCAGUCUGACCGCAGCCAAAGAAAGAGGCCAGCUUGUGUUCUUAGAAGGGCUGAAAUCUUCAAACGAGGUCUUGUUUGCUGAACAGCAGGAGCCAGCUUAUGCUAAUCCUUUCCAGUUUAUCAGCAGAGAUGGUUCAGACCUGAAGGUGCUGUAUGAAUUUGUCGGGAAAUCGCUAAGCCCCACUUCGGUCGGAGAAACGUGGAGGUGCCCGGUGCUUAUUGUAGACAACCUGGGGGUCUUGCUGAGCCUUGGUGUGAAGCUGGUGGACAUUCUUGAUUUCAUCCAUUACUGUAGAGUCACAGUGAACUCUCAGCUGAAGGGCAACGUGGUGGUGAUGGCUCACAGCAGGGAGGAUUCGGAGGAUGAGGAGAACGAGCGGCUUGUGAUGUCCCUCCGUCACCAGAGCCACCGACUCCUGUGGGCGGAAGGGCUGGCUACGGGCUACUGCAAAGACGUCCACGGACAGCUAACCAUCCUCCAGCGGAGCCCCUGGGAGGCCGAAGCUGAGCGGGACCAUCCGCGCAUUUAUCAGUACAAGAUCCAGGACAGAAAUGUCUCGUUUUUUGCCCGAGGGAUGUCGGCCGCUGUGCUGUGACUUGGCAGAGGAGCUUUUUUUGAGGGAUUCAGAGGCAGACCGAAGGGGCCUCUUCAAUCCAGCUGGGUUUUCCAAAGGACUGGGUUGUUCUCACAGCAUCUGCUCUGACUCUGGUUCCCCCCACCCACCCCCUUGGUUCUCUACCAAGUCCUGGUGAAGAGAUUUGCUCUGAGCUGCUGUGAGAGUAUUCAAAAUGAGGAAUGAAAGCCUGAUCCUGAUUCUGCAGUGGUUAAGGUGACUUGGUAAAAGCCGCUUGUGAUCUGACCCGAGUCAGAUCCGAGCUUUGGAACUUGAGUCCAGUGGCCGAUGCCAUUAGUAGGUUGGCCAGUUCUUCUAAAUUAAAUCAUUAUGAUCUGGAUAGAGCCAAGACCGCCCUACCCCGACCUGGAUCUGGACUACAACUUCCAUGUUGUCUGGAGAUUUGGGAGUUGUAGUCUAGCCCACCUGGAGAGUGCCCGGUCAGGGGAAGGCUGGCCUGAACAGCCAUCUCUGUGUCAAGGACUCUGAACCAGAAACAUCAAGGCACUCUCACAAUGUUUUCAUUAACGCCCAUUAGUUCAGUGGCUCUCGGCCAUUUCCACCUGAACUUCCUACCAGCUACUCUGUAAGAGGACUUGGGUCCCACCACGGUAGAACAAAAACACUUACUGCAGCCUUUUCCCAAUCGGGUCCUUUCCUGGGGAGAGGUGUUUGGUUCAUUCUGGGUGUUUUGUUACUAUAUCUAUUAUUUAUGUUAAGUUGUAAAGACAUAAAAAAAUGCAGCUGUACUGUUGGAAAUAAUUGCAAGCAAACAAAAACAUUACAAGUUGAGAAUUGAAAUACUAUCCCAUGGAAGCGUAAUUGUGUAAAAUACAGAUAUAACAAAUUUUAAAAAUGGGAGUAUUAUUUUCAGGAAUAAAUUUUAUUGCAGUGGCUAAAA